AUGGGGGACUUUCAUAUCAAUAAAGUUCACGAGCUUAUGACGAACCAAAAGAACAUCAGGAAUAUUUCUGUGAUAGCACAUGUCGACCACGGAAAGAGUACGUUGACGGACUGCCUUGUGAUUAAGGCAAAGAUAGUGUCGAAGGAUUCAGGAGGAGGAAGGUACAUGGACUCGAGAGAAGACGAGCAGCAGAGAGGAAUAACGAUCAAAAGCUCAGCAAUAUCGCUGCAUUUCCAGGUUGAGAAGGAGGUGCUUGAGGAGUACACCGUAAAGGGGGAUACAAAUGGAACUGAGUUUCUGAUCAAUCUGAUUGACAGCCCAGGGCAUGUGGACUUCAGCAGUGAGGUGACUGCGGCGCUGCGGGUGACUGACGGAGCAUUGGUUGUGGUUGAUUGCGUGGAUGGGAUUUGUGUGCAGACAGAAACGGUUCUUGGGCAGGCAAUGAACGAGAGAAUUCUGCCGACACUGGUUCUUAACAAGCUUGACAGGGCGAUUUUGGAGCUUGAGUAUCCGCAAGACAAGCUUGGAGAGAUUCUGAGGAGGCGGAUUGAGGGGUUCAAUGCAAAGAUGAGCUCGUUGGGAUACAACUUCAAGGUUGAGUCGCUGCUGCCUGAGAAGAAUGAGAUUUCGUUCUGCUCGGGGCUACAGGGAUGGGGAUUUACACUGAGGUCUUUUGCAAAGUUUUAUAUUGACAAGUUUAAGAUGAGCGGAUUUGAGGGAGAGAGGAAGCUCACGAAGUUUCUGUGGUCACACAAUGUUGCAUGCACAUCUGACGAUCCGUUUGAUCCGGAGAUGAAGCAUGUGAUGAAGACCGAUCCGGCAAGGAGCCCGUUUGUUGUGUAUGUACUGAACCCGAUAUACAAGGUGAAGGACAUGUGCAACAGUGGGGAUAUUGAGGGGAUCAAGGAGUACCUGAAAUUUUUCAAGGUUGAUUUCAAGGGGGUUAUACUGAGCGGAAGCGGCAAGCCACUGUUCAAGGACGUGAUGAGGACAUGGCUUCCGGCAGCGGACUGCAUUCUUGAGCAGAUAGCAUUGAAGUUGCCGUCGCCGUUGCAGAGCCAGAAGCUGAAGUACGACCAUUUGUACGAAGGGCCCGUUGAUGACGAGAUGGCAAUAGCGAUCAGGGAUUGCAAUGGAGGAGAUGAGGCACCGGUGAUGAUGUAUGUGUCGAAGAUGAUACCGUCGAACGACAACCGAUUUGUGGCGUUUGGGAGAGUGUUUUCAGGGAAGAUAUACCCGGGGAUGAAGAUACGUGUGCAGGAGCCUGGCUAUGCACCUACGUCUGAUGAUUUAUCAAACACAUCGUUGCUGCACAACAAGUCUGUUCUUAGGACGGUGGUGAUGAUGGGAAGGGGAUACAAGGAUGUGCCUGACUGUCCAGCAGGGAACAUUAUUGGGAUAGUUGGGAUUGACGACUGCCUGAAGAAGACAGGGACAAUAACGAACAGAGCCGAUGCAUACAAUAUCAAGUCAAUGAAGUUUUCGGUGUCACCGGUGGUGAAGGUUGCAGUGUUUGUCAAGAGAGCAGAGGAUCUUGGAAAGCUGAGUGAAGGACUGAAGAAGCUUGCACAAUCUGAUCCGCUGUGCCUGAUUGAGAGGAACGAGAAGGGGCAGAACACAAUAGCAUGUGCAGGAGCAUUGCAUCUUGAGAUAUGCCUGAAGGAUCUUGAGGAGCAGUAUGCAAAGGUGCCGAUUAUUGCCGAUGAGCCGCUUGUGACGUACUUUGAAGGGAUUACAGAGGCAGUGACGGAGCCAAAGAUGAAGAAGUCUGCAAACAAGCACAACAGGAUAUACAUGACUGUGGAGCCUAUUGAGGACAAGGUGGUUGAGUUUUUGAGGAAUAUGAAGAUAGACCAGAUCAAGAGCAUAGUGACGAACUUCCGAGAGAAGAUGGAGAUGAGGGAUGACUGGAUCAAGAAGAUAUGGUACUAUGCACCGGAGACGGCGCCUGAGAACUUGAUGAUUGAUGGGACAAAAGGAAUCUCGAUCAUCAACGAGAUCAAGGAGCACAUCAACAGUGCAUUCAGGGAGGCUGUUCAGGAAGGGCCCUUGAUUGGCGAGAAGAUGCGUGGGCUGAAGUUUGAGUUGAAGGAUGCAGUAUUGCAUGCAGAUGCAAUCCAUCGAGGAGCAAACCAGUUGAUACAGCCGGUGAAGGAGCUUUGUAGGGGGCUUCUGUUUAUAGCAUCUCCUGUGCUGUAUGAGCCGAUUUUCAAGGUUGAAAUAACAGUGCCCGAUGAAUAUUCGGGAGCAGUGACAUCAGUGCUUACAUCGAAGAGAGGGAUUGCUGAGGAUUUCAUAAGUCUUCCUGGAAACGUAACAACAAUGAUAGUUGGAACAUUACCUGUGAGGGAAUCGUUCAACUUCAAUGAGGAUCUCAAAUCAGGUACAAGAGGAAAGGCUGGUGCAUCUCUUUCGUUCUCGCAUUACGAUAUUCUUCCUGGGUCACUGAAUGAUCCCAACUCUCUGAUGUUCAAGACGGUCGAGAAGGUCAGGAAGCUCAAGAAGAUGAAUGAAAUCCUGCCAACAACCGAUGAUUUCUUCGAUAAGCUUUAA